CACCGCAAGUUCAUGCGAGUCAGUCAUCCGCAUUUUUCUAGAUGAUGUGCGCAGAAAAAUAGGGCGUUGUGGGCGACUCCCUCAUUCAUUCGCAGAGACAAACCUCUGUCCUUUACAGACGUAGACGAGCGUAAUGUAUUCAUAAAGGAGUCGAAAGGGGGGAAAGAGGAAGAAGAAGGCGUUUUGAUUCUAGCAGAGAAAAAACAGAGAAGGAGAUAUCCAACGUGCGCAGAGAGAGAGCUCUGCGUAAAGACACACAGACGCUAAAAUUUUACACUGGCAACACGAGUUAAAAGCCUUCCAGGCGUUGGACUGUUUGAUAGCUAAUCUGGAGUUUAAUUGAAGGGGAAAUUUAAUUUGUUUUCCUCGAGCUCAAACAGGAAAAGAAACUCUCGUGCAUCCUAGAGGUUCUUUUUUAUAGUGAUAGGAGCCCGUGUUUGAGGAAGACAUGGCCAAGUUAUUCCGAGCUGCUAUCAUGGGUCCACCAGGAUCAGGGAAAGGAACGAUAUCCAAGAAUGCGCAAAGCUUUGUUCUGCAAUACCUGUCCAGCGGCCACUUUUUACGGGAGAGCAUAGCUGCAAAUACAGAGGCAGGUGUGCUGGUGAGGAGCUAUGUAGACAGAAGCCUGCUGGUACCGGACCAGGUGAUGAAACUGAUGCUGCCCAGACUGGAAAGCUGUGGCCACAGCUGGCUGCUGGAUGGUUUCCCCGGACUCUCUCAGGCCCAGGCUCUGAACAAUCUGUAUCAGCUCGACCUGGUCAUCAGCCUCAACAUCCCCUUUGAGACGCUGAAGGACAGGCUGGUGACCGCUAUGUAUUCCAGGCAGCAGGGGAGAGUCUACAACAUGGGCUUCAACCCACCAAAAGUGAAGGGUAAGGAUGACAUCACCGGGGAGCCACUGAUUCAGCAUGAUGAUGACAAGCCAGAAGCCCUGAUGGCCAGACUGAGACACUACAAAGAUGUGGCUAAGCCUGUCAUAGCUUUAUACAAAUCACAGGGAAUACUGCACUCCUUUUCUGGUACAGAGACGGACCGGAUGGCCUUACAAAACUCUCUCCUCAGCACAAAGAUGCACACACAGCCAUCAGCUGCCUUCCAGACGCAGACCACCUGACACCACCUCUGAAUGAAAGAGCACAGGGGAACAUGAGGAGCAGCCGGAGGACGCGGG